AUGCGGUUCGACGAUUGGGAUAUUCUGCUCUUCCCCAGAGACUGCAAAGUGCCAGUCAAAGAGUUCAAAGUGGCCUGUCAUGCAAUCCACGACCCAGAAUUCUCCAAUCCGCAUGGCCCAUUUGGCCUGCCCACAGUCUGCGGGUUUAUUCCGAGUUUAGCUGCCGGAACUCCUUUCCAAAUCUCGAUCCAUUCCUGGUCUGCUCCGUCUGUCAGCCAGUUCACCAGAUGCUACAGCAAAUAUGGUGAAUGUGCCAAUUUUGAGGCUCGGGUGUUUGUCGACGGGCAACUGGUUGCUUCUGCGUCUCUUGAUAGGGAAAGUGAUUGGCCACACGUUAUUAUUCACAGUUUUGGAAUGUCAAAGAACGGAGACUUGGAGCCUCUUCGGUUCCCCAGCUUUCGACAGGAGCUUCUGCGGCAAAACCAUUGGAACCCGGCCGAUGACUUUGGUCGAAUCAAGAUUGUAAUCAGCGAAGGCUUUCCACGGGACUCUCUUUCUAUGCCCAUUGAACGGGUGAAGAAUGUUGUCGCUUUCUCUUUCCAACAUGCGCCUCUCGAGAUACUUGAAGCAUCUGGUAUCGCGUGGCCCAAUCCUUCAAUGUGGAGACGGAUUCCAGUUGCUACGUCGAUGACUGUCCCCAGCUACCCUUCCGAUGAUACCGAAUCGCACGCUCACUCGCCGAGAAGAAAGCAUAGUCGAACCAAUGCAGGCCUGACCAAAUCUUCGACAGAAAAUGUCCACAAGAUUAUCACCAACCGGUCCCUUCGGCUUGGGCAGCGGAAAACUAGUAUGCAGAGCGGCAGCAGUCGCUCUACCUCUGGAAGCACUAGUACCGGCACAAUGGAGACUGUCAAUGAUUCGGAUGCAUAUUUCGAUUGGCUGAACGGCAUGGGCCUCGGAAUGCCUGACAUGUAUCGACUUAGAGAACAAGAAAAUUUCCCGGAUAUACGCCAAAUUGGAAGAAAGUCAUCCAACGUUAAUGCCCAAGGCCACAUGGUGGGUAAAACCUCUUACUCGGGUCAAAGAUUCGGCUUGCAGGAGCUUGGAGACGAAGAAGAAAGCGACAGUCUUGGUUACUUGAGAAUUCCCAGUGAAGCGCUGGAUUUCAAUACAUCUUAUAGCCAAGACAUGCAAGGUACGGACGGAGAGGAGAGAGUCAAGUUUGCAUUUGAUAAUGACCUUGACUUUGAGCGCACAGGGCUAUUUCUGCCUCGGAUUCCGCAAGAAAAUUCGCUAUCGAUCGAUUUCCAAAACACUCUGGCCCAUUCGCUGCUUAAUCAACCAAUGCCUGCUCACAUGCUAGCAAACAAUCUUCAUACCACCUCUGUUCCGGAAUUAAGAGUACCCCGAGAAGAUUAUAUCCCUCAAACGGCAGGCCCAUCUCCCUCAACCACAUCCUCAGUAUCAGCUUCCCUGAGAGAUCAAUUUGAAGUGGGCAAGACUGCACAGCAUCCAUAUACAGCACGCAAAGCGAUGUUGCGAACAGAAUCGUUUGACUCCAGGGUGCGUACGUCAACUCGUCCAGACGCCAAGCAGCAUAUAUCUUCUGUUCUAUCGACUCAAGAAAGUGAACCGGUAGAAGAGUUUGCUAUGGAGAAUGCGGCAACACACACGGGCGAUAAGGGAGCUAAAAGGCGCCGCGAUUCGACUUUGACACCCACAAGUGCUGCAAAGAGCGACGAUAAUCACAAUAGAUCGAGCCCAAGAGCUCGCCUCACUGCUUUGCUAGCACACAGCCCAACUGCCGACUGCCAGUAA